UGCUGCGUGUCAUGGGGUCACGUGUGUUGCGUGAAUGCGUGAUCUUCUGAAUGAUUGCCAGGGCAAAGAAACGUUAUCGUGCUGGUCUGAAGAAAGGUGGCAACUGUGGCGUCCUCUUCAGUGUCCUAGCCGGCUGCUUAUUAGUAGUGUGCUGCCGCUACCAACUGUCAUCCAAAAUUGAUUUCGGCGAUCACGCAAGUAGUCUCUGAUUGGGGAAGAGCACAGAAGAUGGUUGUCCACGAGUUCACCGUUGAUCUCAACAAGCCUCUUGUUUUCCAGGUUGGCCAUCUCCGGGAACAUUACCAGGAAUGGGUUCACCAGCCUAUCGUCAGCAAAGAAGGCCCACGCUUUUUCAGAAACGAUGUCAUGGAGUUCUUGACACUCACGAAAUGGUGGGUUGUGCCAGUCAUAUGGCUACCUGUCGUCUACUGGCUGUUUGCCAAGUCUAUUCUGAUGGGUCAUACUAUACGGGAAGUAGUUCUAAUGGCCCUAUUUGGCGUAUUUGUGUGGACAUUGAUUGAGUAUACCUUGCACCGCUUCCUAUUCCACAUCGAGACGAAAAGCUAUUGGUCAAACACAGCACAUUACCUUAUUCAUGGAUGCCAUCAUAAGCACCCGAUGGACUCACUCAGACUUGUGUUUCCUCCUGCUGGAACAGCAAUUUUGUGUGUGCCGUUCUGGAACAUAGUUGCGUUCUUUGCAACUCCAUCCACCACUCCUGCACUAUUUGGCGGUGGCCUGUUGGGGUAUGUGAUGUAUGAUUGCACCCACUACUACUUGCACCAUGGACAACCAUCCAAAGAUCCAGCAAAGCAUCUCAAGCGGUAUCACCUUAACCACCAUUUCAGAAUUCAGGACAAGGGCUUCGGCAUCACCUCAUCACUCUGGGACGCCAUCUUCGGUACUUUGCCUUCAUCCAAGAUCACUGUGAAGCACAACUGACACGCAUAACAUAUUAUUUGCAUGGGAAAGUUUAGUAGAGGAGUUGUACAUUAAGGUUAGGCAUAAAGGUCCUGUUGUCUUUCUGCUUUGGUUCCAUGUCUACUCUGUCUGAGUUCCAUUGGUUUGCUCAUGUCUGUUCUGAUUUCUGAAUUGAAGAUAUUUUUUUGAUUGCAUCAACAUUUCAUCCCCAGCCAACAAGCUAUUCUUGGUAGUCGAUUCUAUGAUCAUCUGCAUGUUAGGAUUCAUAGUUAUAUUCCUUUGUCAUCAUCUGUCAUUGUUUUUUCCCUUGUUUCGUUUCAAGUUCUUCGGUUGUUCAGAGUAUGCUGCGAGAUGCUCUUUUCUGUGUCCCUGUCAUGAGUUGUCUGAUGGUAUUUGCUGGAUAUUCUGUCUAGUCUUGAACUCUUAGAAGAGUGCACAAACUUGUACUUGUACAUAUAUGAUUCUAACUGAAACCUGGACACGAACGAGGUCUUGAGAUA